AUGAGUGUGUCCCCGCUGACUCUGCUGCCCGGACUCCUGCUGCUCCUGGUUUUCUGUGUGGAGACAAAAAAACUCCAAGCUGGUGUUUCACCUGAGGACCAGGAUCAGGGCAGCCGCCUGAGAGGACUCUGGAGGCUCCACAUGAGGGACUCUGUGCUGAAGGGAAAAGGUGAGACAGUGAGAGAAUCAGAUCUGAUCAGCUGUUGUUAUUUACCUGCUCUGAGACCAGCUUUAGGUUCAGGUUUUACCACAGUGUCAACAGGCAGAGAGGAGACGAGCUGAUAUCCUUUAUUUGGUCUGAUGUGUGCGAUCAUGGCGUCACUUCUGCUGUCACUAGAAUUCAACACGUCUAAAAAGAAACCAACUAAACAGCUGGUUAAAGAGAAGUAACAUCAGAGCAAAUAUUGAUUAAAGGGAUAUUCCGGCGUAAAAUUAAGUUACACACCGUAACACCGAGUUAGACACUUCAUUGAACAAUCGCUUUGUCUUUCAUUGCAUCAAAAUCAGAAUAACACUUGCUGAAAUGUCCAUGAAGGUUGUGAUGUUAUUUUAGAUGUUUCUAAUAUCAGGAGCAGAGUCGUAAUGUUUGCAGAUUGUUUGUUUUGCCGAUUCAUGCAGUUUACAGCACAACAGCUCCUGGUCAUUUUCUUUCUGCGUUGACUCUGCGAGUAAACAAAUAAGAAACGAAAGGAUUUAGAUAUAAAUGUACUUAAUAUUAUUUUUUAACAAAUAACAAAUUACACGUUAGCAAACAGCAAAAAGAAGUAAGACAUCCGUGUUUUAAAAGAAAAAUUAAUUAAAAGAAAAAAGACUGAAUCAGUGUCCUUCAUCCGACAUCCAAUCCAGCUAAUUUGUCAAUAUCUGAGCCAAUAUCCGAUCCAAAUAUCAGAUCGGUGCAUCUCUAGUUCUUCCUUGAGCUGCGGCACCCCGCUGUAGUCCGUAAUGGACUGGCCUGAGGUCUCUCUACAAACAAGCGUCUGCUGGAAGAGAGUAGUUGAGUUGUGUUAGUCUCUUUGCUAAAGAAAUCAGUCAAAGUUAAAAAGAAGUUUGGUGUCUAGUAUUAUGUCUGUGACCCUAUAUGUCCUAGCCUGAGUAGAACAUGGUGUAGCUCAGUGUAGUAACAGAACCUCAUUAGAAAAUUAGCUGAUUUAACUUUACUGUGCUCUUAUUCACAUAUAUUAACUCGACAGCACAUAUAUCCAUACCUGUUAACAAAAUCAUGAUUUUAUUGAUAAUUCGGCUCAAUAAAAACACCUUUACCUUUUCAUUUUAACGCCCCCGCUUAAGUUUGUUUUCUUAGAGGUGUACAACAACUCUGAAUAUAGUACUAUGUCUGUGACCCUAUAUGUCCUGUUGAUGAAGUUAGGUGCUGUUCUGAGCAUUAUUUGUGGCUAUAGGGUGGCGUUUUGGUUGAGGGCGUGAUUCUCGGUCGUUACUAAAGUUGGUAUAACUAGAGAAGCAAACGGUCGGCAACAUUCAUCUCUGGAGGGGGGGUCUAACUCGGUGUUACGGUGUGCUUGACCCUAAAUUAAUUUUACCCCGGAAUAUCCCUUUAAAGAAAAUGUUUCCUGUUUAUUAAAAGUCGAUCAUCUCUUUAUUAAUCAGGUCCGAGUCCUCUUCCGGUCAAAGACGGAGUCAAACAGCAGCUGCUCUACUGUCGGGUCGGGAUCGGGUACCAUCUUCAGAUUCUGCCCAGCGGAGCCGUGAGAGGGGUCCACAAACCAACAGAGUUCUGUGAGUUCAGUCCUCAUGUCUGAGAUCCUCUGACCUUCUGUGGUUCAUGGCUGUUAUUAAGACCUGUUAUUUUCUGCGUGUCUUCCAGGCUGGCUGAAGGUCUUUGCAAUGAAACACGGGGUGGUGGGAAUCAGAGGAGUGAAGAGCGGUCUGUACCUCUGCAUGAAAGGAGACGGACUCGCAUAUGGAGCUGUACGUCGCUCACAAACUCAGAUCAGACAUGAUUAAAGGUGGACUGGUGCUAAAUCUGUCCUUUUUUCAGGAGCGGUUCUCAGACGACUGCCUGCUGAAGGAGAACCUGGAGGAGAAUCACUACACCACCUACUCCUCCCUGUCUCACCCGGGGAUCUACGUGGCUCUGUCCCCUAAAGGAGAGCUCAAGAAGGGGAACAGCGUGGGCCGACACCAGUCCUGCACCCACUUCUUACCUCGGAAGACAUCGUGA